AUGGCAGACUACAGCACGUACAAGCUCGGCGAUUUCAAGCUCAAGUCCGGCGGCCUCAUCCCGGACGCCUUCAUUGCAUACAAGACUUUCGGUGAACCCGGCCUGCCUACUGUCAUCUACCCCACUUGGUACUCUGGACUGAUUUCCGACAACGAAUGGCUCAUUGGAGAAGACAAGACAUUGAAUCCGCGGAAGUAUUUCAUUGUCAUCACCGCGCUGUUUGGAAAUGGCCAAUCCUCAUCGCCCUCCAACACCCCUGGACUGAAGCCAUUCCCCGACGUCCUAUUCUACGAUAAUGUACGAGCCCAGUACGAGCUAGUGACAAAGCAUCUGGGUAUCAAGCAUGCCAAAGCCGUGCUGGGAUGGUCCAUGGGCGCCGGCCAGACUUACCAAUGGGCUACCCAAUAUCCCGACUUCAUGGAUCUGGUUGUCCCUUUCUGUGGAUCUGCGAAGACGUCGCUGCACAACCAGGUCUUCCUCGAAGGCGUGAAGUCGGCUCUCCUGGCCGCAAAGGGCGUGCCGUCGGGCGGAUCAGCGAAGGGCGAAGCGCUGGCAAAGGCUGGCGACUAUCGUCCUUGGACAGCUGAGGAGAAAAGCGUUGGUCUCAAAGCAUUUGGCCGUGGGUACGCCGGCUGGGGAUUCAGCCAGGCAUUCUACAGAGAGAAGCUGUACGAGACGGCCCUGGGCUUCAAGAAUCUGGAGGACUUCAUGGUGAACUUUUGGGAAGCAUGGGCGUGUUCUAAGGAUCCGGAAAACCUCAUGGUUAUGCUUCACACAUGGCAGGCAGGAGACUGUUCAGACCAGGAGCCGUACAACGGAGAUUUUGCGAAGGCGAUGCAGGGCAUCACGGCCAAAGCCCUGGUGCUGCCGAGCAAGACCGAUCUCUAUUUCCCUCCCGAGGACUCGGCCAAUGAGGUCGCCACCAUGCGCCCGGGGAUAGGCGCGAUGGAGGCUUUCCCGUCCGUCUGGGGACAUUGGGCUGGAGGACCCGGCCAAAGCAAGGACGAUGUGCAGUGGCUCGACGCGAAGCUGGGGGCUUUUUUUGGGAGCGGGUAG